UGGCUUUCUUGCGUUCCCAGAAGGAGGAGCCGCUCGGGGCUGUCCCGCAGGAGGGUAAUGGACAUAUCCGGGAGAGGUCGGCAGGGAAGUCCGCCUGCCGGUGCUCGCGCUAUUCCUCCGUCUCCGCUUCCCGAAAGUGGUCAGGGUCUAUAUGAAUGCCCAAUAUGCCAUCUUCUGUGCACUGAUUAUCCAAUUCUGCAAGAACAUGUUGAACUGCACUUGGGUGAAUGCAGCAUUUUAGAAGGAAGAAAUUUGAAUGAUCUAGAAUUGGCACAGCAUCUUCAAAAUGAAGAGGAUAGGCAAAGAAGAACAGAAACAGCAAGACAAGAAAAAGAUGAUUUCCAAAAGCUGCAGAGACAAUAUGGUUUAGAUGGUUCUGGAGGGUACAAGCAGCAGUCACUAAAAGCCAUGGCAAAAGAAGUAGCUUUUGGAAGAAUGCAACCAUCUGAAUAUCACAGGAGAAAAGCUGAUAUGUUGGAAUCUCUGGCUUUUGGCAUUGAUGAUGGAAAGACAAAGACUUCAGGAAUUACUGAAGCAUUGUGCCAGUACUAUCAGAAUGAAUGCAAAGACAUAAAGCACGUGUGGCUUUCUACAGGAGUGGAUCACUUCCACUGUUCUCUUGGAGACAGAGGCUGGGGUUGUGGUUAUAGGAACUUUCAAAUGCUGUUUUCUUGUCUUUUGAGAAAUAGCUCCUAUAAAGAUGGCUUGAAAGAUAAUUCAUCAGUUCCUUGUAUUCCAAAAAUUCAAACAUCAAUUGAAGAUGCCUGGAAAGAAGGCUUUGAUCCCCAAGGAGCUUCUCAUUUCAACAGCAGAUUACAAGGAGCUAAAGCAUGGAUAGGAGCAUGUGAAAUUUAUUCACUCUUAACUUCUCUCAGGCUAAAGUGUCAAAUUAUUGACUUCCAUCAGUCUACUGGCCCUUCUGGCACACACCCUCGUUUGUUUGAAUGGGUAUUAAACUAUUACUCUUCAGGUAAAGAAAACAAUGCAAAGGUUAUGAGUACCUCCAAGCCACCAAUUUAUCUUCAGCACCAAGGUCAUAGUCGUACCAUUGUUGGAAUUGAGGAAAGAAAAAACAGAUGUUUAUGUCUACUAAUAUUUGAUCCGGGCUGCCCUUCACAAGAAAUGCAAAAGCUCUUAAAAGGCAUUGAUGGGAACAAUCUAAAAUUCCUUCGAAGGCUUCCAGGAGGCUUAAAGCAUAAGCAGUAUCAAAUAGUGGCUGUAGAUGGUGUGCUGACAGAAGAGGAAAAAGUUGCUCGUAGGCAGGCUUCUCAACUCUUCACAGCGCAGAAAAUUCCUUGAAAUAAUAAUUCCUGAAAAAAUGGAACAGAUUAAAAGCUGCAAGGGAGAUCUGUUCGUACAGGUUGUUGAGUGACGUUCAUAGCAUUUUUUAAGCAUUUCAAAAUAAAUAUUGAAACAAUUAAUUCUUA